GGGUUUAAUCUUCUACUUGAGAUUUUAUGUCAUCACGGAGUUUUACGGGAUAGAAGGAUAUUCAUUGGCGUUUAGAAUGGCGUAUACUAGAUCGGCAACCGCGAGGCAGGUUUCUAUUUGCCGGCCGAAAGUUGCGAAUAAUUGUCAAGAUGACACUGUACUUUUAUUACACUGUAUCACCAAAAAUAUACUUAUACAUAGAAUCCCCCGAGUUUCUCAUCGUCGCGCUAGUUAUGCCUGAUAUUCCUUGUUUUGGGGGUUUCCUACUUGCUACUCCCUUUCCCGUACGUCUCUGCACAUUUGCGACCAUCCGCGCCCCAGUGAUGCAUUCUGAGCAAAGAAUAUCUAGGUCCUUACGGCCCAAUUUCGGGCUCUCGUCGUCUCCGCCGAUGUCUGUCAUUCCACUCUAUAAUCCGCCUCAGCCUCGUCUCAGGAACAGUCAUUUGCUCUACAUUUCAACCCAAACCAUCUGAUAUGCAACUCCCUUCCAGAAAACCCAAUCCCGGAAACAAACAACAUUGUUUCAGCAUGCCAUCAGAGUUUUACGUACGGAGCCGCGAGAUAGCAGAGAUGGGAUGGAUCAGGAAUAGCCG